UUUACUAACUAAAAGGAGAAAUGUAGAUGACACGGUGAGGAGGCGUGAGAGGUUGACAAUGAUGGGAUAUUAGGAGAGGUAGAGAAAUGUAGAUGUCUCGGUGAGGAGGCGUGAGAGGUUGACAAUGAUGGGAUAUUAGGAGAGGUAGAGAAAUGUAGAUGUCUCGGUGAGGAGGCGUGAGAGGUUGACAAUGAUGAGCAUUAGGAGAUGUAGAGAGGCACGUCGAAGAAGCUAUCAAAGACGAAUAGGAAAUUUCCGUACUUAAAGAGUGAUCAAUCAACAAUUUUUGCUCGAAAAGAUCUAUCAUGAGCACUUGAGAGGCUAGCUAGGAAUGUGUAUAUCUUCACCUCUCAUAGCUUGAGGGGAGUGUUACUUGAUAUAUAUGUACAAAAGGAAACUACCUAGGUAGUUUCCAUGUAUUAUGAUUAACUAGUUCACGACGAAGAAUAUUCAUGAUAUUCGGAAAGAUUUAUAUGCGUUAACUCUAGUCUCAAAAUGCAGAGUUAGUUAUUUAACUAACGCUGCUAAGUUCCUAAGUUAGAUGGUUAAACCCGCAUCAGAUAAUACACAAAUUUUCUCAUAACUUGUACAGGUAUUAGUUAUACGGAUUUCUAAAUUGCAAAAAAGGAACUUUGCGUUAAUUUUGUAUUUUUGAGUAACUUAUGUAGAAAUUAGUACAUGAAUAGUUACCAAAUUAUUGGUUAACAAAGGACCCUACAUGAAUGCAAUAAUGCACUGAUCACAUGGAAGUAACAUGAAAACCUGAAGAUAAUGUACAAUGACAAUAAUUCAUAGGCAUUCUCUUCAAACUUCAACUCCUCAAUAUCCCAGAUUUUCUCUUUUUCUGUUUUAGUUCAAUGGGUACAUUUUGUUUCUGUUCAUCAAUGACUUCAAAGUUCAAUGUUCCCCAAGUUCUUCCACCUUUAGACCCUAAACUUGUUGUAAAUGGUGGGUCUACACUCUCUGGUCAUGUCACUGUUAGUGGCUCCAAGAACUCAGCUUUACCUAUUCUUGCUGCAACCCUUUGCUGUUCUGGAUCUUCAAACCUUAAAAAUGUACCCUGUUUAUCAGAUACUAGAACAAUGGCUUCAAUCUUGGAGUCUUUGGGUGCUCAAGUUAUGAGUUGUGGUGGUGAUUUGGUGGUUAACACCGAUGGAAUUGUGUCUGUAGAGCCUGAUUUGAGUUAUAUUGGGAAACUUAGAGGUGGGUUUUUCGUGAUAGGGCCAUUACUGGCUAAAUUUGGUGAGGCUACUGUCGGGUUACCCGGUGGGUGUGACAUUGGGGCCCGACCCAUUGAUUUUUACAUUCAUGGUCUACGUGCUCUUGGUGCUACGGUUGAGUUGAGGGAUGGAAAAGUGCAAGCACAUGUAUCAAAUGGUAAAGGUUUGACUGGUGCAAGCUUCCGACUUGGCUACCCCAGUGUGGGUGCUACAGAAACUCUUAUGAUGGCGGCGUGUAUGGCUGAGGGAAAAACUGUAAUCUCAAAUGCAGCUCAAGAACCAGAGAUUAUUGACCUUGCUGGCUUUCUAACAAAUUGCGGAGCAGUUGUGGAAGGAGCAGGAACAGACACACUCUAUAUUACUGGAAGGAGAAAGUUGUAUGGUUGCGAGUAUAGCAUAAUGCCAGACAGGAUUGAAGUCGGCACCUACAUGUUGGCUGCUGCAAUUACUCGAUCGUGUAUCUCAAUUUCACCUGUGCCCCACAGCAAUUUAACUUGUUUACUAGACAAGCUUUCAGGGGCUGGUUGCAAAAUAUUACAGCUCAGUGAUGACACUUUGGUGCUUUCAGCAGUACCUCGGAUGAUUGGAGAUGAUUUGCGGGGGUUCAAUAUCAAAACAAAUCCAUUUCCAGGAUUUCCAACAGAUCUCCAGCCACUGACAAUGGCGUUGCUAUCAACGUGCAAGGGUGUCAGCGUCAUUGAGGAAUCUGUCUUUGAAAAUCGUAUGAGUCAUGUAACUGAGCUGCAGAAAUUUGGAGCUAAUAUUCAGGUCUCUGGAAGCAGAGCAACUGUUUAUGGGAAGGGAAAGGCAAGUCCACUCCGCGGUUCUCAGGUCAACGCAACUGAUUUGCGUGGGGGAAUGUCAUUGGUUUUGGCUGGUCUGGCUGCUGAAGGAAUUACUGAAAUCAGUGGAAUCUCCCAUGUUGAUAGGGGUUAUGAAAAUUUGGAAAUGAAACUUCAAGGUCUCGGUGCCAACGUCAUAAGGACGACAACAACAACAUUCCCCGUGUAAUCCCACCAGGUGAGGUCUGGAAAAGAAUGUGUAUAACUUCCGGGUUUACUCGUGUAGGACUUAUAAGUAAAGAUCGAAGAGCAAGCUUGAAGAAUAGCUGGGGAUGUUGAAACUGUGAGAUUAUUCAUUGCAUUUCGCAAUAGCCAAAUUUUGCAGCUUUAGACAAGGCUCAUUUGUCGAUUUCUAUAAUCAGCUUAAUUGUCACUAAACAUAGUAAUUCAUAACUACUUUGAUUUGCCCAA